AUAAGAAACAAAUAAAAGAUAUAAGGAAGAACAAAUCGUAGCCUUAAUUUAAAUAAAUAAUAAAUAUGAGCAAUUCACAAAAAAAAAAGAAGAAGGAAAAGAUGAUGAUCAAACUCACUUAUCAAUUUCGAACACCAAUUAAAGAAAUACGUACAUAAAUAUAAGAAAAAAUGAUUAAGACUUUAAAAAAGGGGGAAUAAAUACAUACAUAAUUGAAUAAACAAAUUGUUUUCCAACAAAGAAGGAGAAUAGGGAGAAGAGGAGAAGAAGAGAAGGAGAAGACGAUAAAAAGAGAAAUAGACAAAGAAGAGAAACCAUAAAAAAAAACGAUGGUGAAGAGGAGAAGAAAACAAGAAGCAGCAAAGAGGAGAAAGCUAAAAGAAAAAGAAAACAGAAGAGGGAAAAGAAGAACAAUAAAAAAUAACAAGAGGGCAAUUAUUUUGUAGAGUCAAUUAUUUUGUGAGCACAUGUAUAUAACAAGAACAAAAAGACAACAGCCGACCCCAAUGCGCUUUAGGUUAUUAGGUGACUCAUUAAUAUAUAUUGUUUUGAUAGCUCCCUUCUUAAUAACAAACCCUAAACCUUUUUUGCUUCUUCUUCUUCUUGAUGUGAAUAAAAAACAAUGGAGAAGACAUUGGAAAUUUCAAAACGACGGCGUUUACUGCUGGUGCCAUGUCCAUACCAAGGCCAUAUUAACCCAAUGCUUCACUUAGCAACAUACCUAUACCAAAAUGGCUUCACUAUAACCAUUGCUCAAACAUUCUUCAACUCCAUAGACCCUAACCAUCACCCGUACUUCACGUUCGUCCGCCUCAACGACCGACUCUCUAAUGACCUCAUCGUGUCUUUGGAUGUGGCCUCGGUGUUGCUCGCCAUCAAUGAUAAUUGCAAGACUAGCUUGGAGGAAGUCAUGGCCAACAUCGUCGAAGAUGUCGUGUGUGUAAUACACGAUGAGGCCAUGUACUUUUGUGAGGCAGUGGCUAGUGGUUUUGGGGUUCGAAGUCUGGUGGUUCGAACAACUAGCAUAGCGGCGUGUAUCAGUCGGCGGGUCGUUCUACAACUUCAUGCAGAGGGUUGUCUUCCUAUAAUUCAAGGAUCCAUGGAAGAUGAGGUACCAAAUCUCCAUCCUUUGAGAUUCAAGGACUUGCCAUUUUCAGUCCAUUCAGAUAUCUCCAAAAUGGAAAAAAUAAUCCUCAAGAUGUACAGUAUCACCACGUCUUCAGCUGUGAUUUGGAACACAAUCCCAUGGCUUGAACCAUCUGAAUUCACCCAAAUCAAAACCAAAAUUUGCAACCAAGUCCCGAUCUUUCCAAUAGGCCCAGUUCACAAGAUUUCCCCAACCUCAUCCUCUUCAAGUCUACUCAGUGAAGACUCCACUUGCCUCUCAUGGCUUCACAAACAACCCCCCAACUCAGUUAUCUAUGUCAGCUUAGGCAGCAUUGCCCUCUUAACAAACCAAGAACUUCAAGAAAUGGCUUGGGGCUUGGCUAAUAGCAACCAACCGUUCUUGUGGGUCGUUCGCCCUGGCUCCAUUCGAGGCUCAGAUGGGACAGGAUUCGUUUUGAAAGAAUUCCAAAAGAAGGUUGGAGAUGGAGGGUGCAUUGUGGGUUGGGCUCCACAAAGGGAAGUGUUGGCCCAUAGAGCUAUAGGUGGAUUUUGGAGUCAUUGUGGUUGGAAUUCUACACUUGAGAGCUUGAGUGAGGGUGUUCCAAUGUUAUGUAGGCCUUAUUCAGGAGAUCAAAGAGGAAACUCAAGGUAUAUCAGUUGUGUUUGGAGGGUGGGGUUGACUUUGGAAGGUCAUGAGUUGAAUAGAAAUGAAGUGGAAAAGAGUGUUAAAAAAUUGAUGGUGGAAGAAGAAGGGAGGAAAAUGAGAGAGAGAGCAAUGGGUUUCAAGAGAAGAAUUGAAGAUAGUUUAAGGGAAGGUGGGUCAUGUUCUCGUAACUUGAAAGAGCUUGUUGAUUUUAUUAUAUCCUUUUAGAUCAUAUUAACCUAAAUUAUCUUUCAUAAACCUCUAUUGAACUAUACAUGUGUGUGUUACGUUAAUUUUUGUUUGAAACUCUUAUUUUCUUCAAACAAUUUUCUUGAUUAUGACAAAUGUUUGCAUUCGUGAAUACU